AUGGAAAACAAUAAUUUUAGCAAUAGUUAACCUCCUAUUAUAGAAGGAAAAGAACCAGAUUCAGAUCUUUCUUAUGAAUGGGUAAAUUAGAUGUAAGAAAUCAACAAGCUUGAAAAGGGUAUUCCUAUUUUUAAUUUUGCAGAGGGAAUCAAGGAUAGAAAACAAGAUAUGGAGUUUCGCGUGAUUAGAAAAAUAACAGAGACGGUUUUUCAUAACAACCUACUACAAGAGUACUCUCCUGAGACAAACAAGCAUAAUAGAUACAACAAUAUAAUACCCUAUAAACAUAGCAUUAUAUCAAAUAUUCCAGACUCUUUUUCUGAUUAGGAUGAUGAUCUAUCAGAAGUAUAAAAUAUAGAUGGACUAAAUGGGUUGCCUUCAAAAGCAAGUACAUAUAUAAAUGCAAAUUUCAUCAAUGAUUGCUUCAAUAGAAAGAAAAUCUUUAUAGCAACGUAAGGACCUAUGAAGAAUACAAUAGCAAAUUUUUGGAAAAUGGUGUGGUAUUCUGAUGUAAAGUCUGUAGUGAUGCUUUGUCGCUUGAUAGAAUAAGAAAGGGUGGAGUGUGAUUAAUAUUGGCCAGAUAAUUAAGAAGAGCAGAGAUAACCAUUAUAUAUAGGACAGUUUACAAUUAAUAUAGAAGAUGAAUAAACCAAAGACAAGCUCAUAAUUAGAAAAUUAAAUAUUUCUAAAGAAGAAGAUGAUUAAAUUAAAACUAAGAUUGUUAUUUAAUAUCACUGGCUUGGAUGGCCCGAUCAUGGCGUUCCUGACGACGACAGCUAUGAAACUCUAGAAGAAAUUAUUGACAUUAUGAUCUAAAAUGCCAAUUUAGGAAAGAGAACAGUAGUACAUUGCAGUGCAGGAGUAGGAAGAACAGGAACAAUUUUAAGUUUAGUGAAUUUAACUAUGACGUUGUAAUAUUUUGCAAAUUAAAUAAAACUGUUGAUUCUAAAAUAGUUGGAUAUUAACUAACAUGACUAUAAUGCUAUAGAAGCAAUUGGUCCAAUUAGCUAAAAACUUGAAUUGCUUACUGAUAAACAAAAGGAUGAAUUCAGGAUAAGUAUAUUUGGUACUGUAAGGAGAUUAAGAGAAUAAAGAUGGGGUAUGGUCUAUACAAACGUGCAAUAUAGUUACUUAUACAAAUACAUGGAAAAGGCAAUUAAAAAAAUGCUUAAUAAUCUAUGA